AUGAUUGCAGCCUACUUUGCUGCAAGUCCUAAGGUCGCAGGCUAUGAACAUAGAGAGGCCGCCCACUGUAAGCAACGUUGGCACAAGAUCAACUAUCUUGUCAACAAGUUCUGUGGGGCGUACGAAGCUGCAAGUAGAGAGAAGAGCAGCGGUCAAAAUGAAAAUGAUGGAAGCGGUAAAAGAAGGAAGCUUGAUGACGGUGCACAUUCCUCAACUUCUGCUCCAUCCGAAAACAAUACUGCUGAAACUGAUCAAGCGACCACUCGUCCCCCCGGUGUUAAGGCUUCAAAGCGACAUGGUAAGCAAAAGACAAAGGCAGAGGGGAAGUCGAUCUCUGAGUACCAGACCAUGUUGAGCAUCAGGAAGGAGGAUCUCACUAUGAAGGAACGGCUUUCGAAGAUUAAGCUACUAGAUAGUUUGAUUGCCAAACCGGAACCGCUAGCUGAGUAUGAAGAAGCUCUGAAGCAGAAGCUUAUUACCGAGUUGUUGUCCUGA